AUGUCGGAGAUAAAUGCUGCAGCCCUCGAGGCUCUGCGGAGCCGCAUAAAGACCGCGACUAUUUAUACCCCUGAAUCGGAUGGUUACAAAGACGUUCUAGUCCGCUGGUCGGAUACUGGAAUGAAAUAUGCGGGCGUUGUAGUCCAACCCGUAGAUGCCGUCGAUGUCUCGAUCGCGCUGUCCUGGGCACAAGAGUAUACUAUCGAUCUCGCUGUUAAAGGUGGGGGCCAUUCGGCUGCCGGCACAAGCUCGAGCGACGGUGGCCUGGUCAUUGACCUGUCGCGCAUGAACAAAGUGACGGUGGAUAUCGGGCGGAAGACCAUCACCGCCCAGGGUGGAGCGACAUGGAAGGAUGUCGACGAAGGCGGUGCAGCCCACGGUUUGGCAGCGGUAGGGGGCACUGUGAACCACACCGGCAUUGGAGGUCUCACCUUAGGAGGUGGUUAUGGCUGGCUCAGUGGACAGUACGGCCUCACUAUUGACAAUCUCCUAUCAGCGACUGUCGUUUUAGCCGAUGGUCGUAUUGUCACGGCCUCUGCCACCGAGAACGCCGACUUGUUCUGGGGGUUGCGAGGUGCAGGGUACAACUUUGGUGUCGUAGUAGACUUCACCUACCAGGGCUAUGACCAGAAAGAUCCGGUAUACUCUGGCAUCCUUGGCUUCACUGCCGACAAGUUGGAAGGGGUGAUCGAUGCGUUGAACGAAUCUCUGGCAAAGCCCGACACUCGCUUUGUUGCGAUGUCUAUUUUUGCGUUGGCACCAGAUGGGUCUGGGCCGAUGAUCGUCGUGAUUGGAUUCUUCAACGGCUCACGCGAAGAAGGCGAAGAGAAAUUCACCAGCUUCACAGCUCUCGAGCCAGUUAUGAACACCCUUGAUAUGAUCCCAUACCCUGUGGUGAACACCCUCCAGAACCCUCAAGCGACCUACGGUGAUCGAAAGUCCUUUAAAGGCAUUUUCUACGAGCCACCUUUGGAUCCUCACUUUGCGAGGGUGAUCUUCAAUGAUUUCAUGAACAAGAUUCAAGAAGAACCAGACCUCAAGGCGUCUGCCAUUAUUCUCGAGUUCACCGACAUGCGGAAAAUUUGCGAAGUGCCUCUGACCGCAACCGCGUUGGCCAGUCGAAAUUCGACUCAGAAUGGUAUCAUCUUUCUAAGAUGGACCGACCCAUCCAAAGACCUGGUGCACCGUGCCUGGGCACGAGAAGUCCAGGCCAAGUGGAAAGUUGAAUUGGAUGCCAGAACCAAAGACCAGGGUGUAGAUUCGAGUGUGCCUCAGUACAUCAACUAUGCAGAACCUGGUGACUCUGUUGUAAGCAAUAUCUUCGGCGGUAAUCUCGGAAGGCUGCAAGAAUUGAAGGCAAAGUACGACCCAAAGAAUGUUUUCCACAAGAUGCAGCCGAUCCCAACGGGCGCAUCCGCUAGCAAGAAGGAAUAG